AUUUUGUUUCCUUUUUUUUUUUCUUCAUCUUCUCUGAUCUUAUACAGAGAUAGCGACAUUCAUUGGAACAGGCGAGAAAAAGUAGAGAGAGAAAGUGGAGAGCUCGGAGGAAGCAACAAUGGGGGUUUCUCAUAGAUGGAUCAGCUCUGUGUAUGCAUUACUGAUAUUAUGCUUGUUUCUUGGCGUUAAAGCCUCCACAGAGAAGCACAAGCUAAACUCUAGCUCGGAUGAUUCAAGGGCUGAGCACGCUGUUGAAAAUCCAGAGGAGGUGGCUGCUAUGGUUGACAUGUUAAUUCGCAAUAACACUGAAAGAAGAAAGUUGGGAUAUUUUUCAUGUGGAACUGGCAACCCAAUUGAUGAUUGUUGGCGUUGUGACCCUAAAUGGCACUUACACCGAAAGCAUCUUGCUAACUGCGCCAUUGGUUUUGGACGCAAUGCUAUUGGUGGCCGAGAUGGUAAGUACUAUGUGGUAAGUGACCCAAGUGAUGACAACCCAGUCAAUCCCAAACCAGGCACACUCCGUCAUGCCGUCAUCCAGGAUGAGCCUUUGUGGAUUGUGUUCAAGCGAGACAUGGUGAUCACACUGAAGCAAGAGCUUAUAAUGAAUAGCUUUAAGACAAUUGAUGGUCGUGGUGUCAAUGUCCAUAUAGCUAACGGGGCUUGCAUCACAAUUCAAUACAUUACCAAUGUCAUUAUUCAUGGUAUACAUAUACAUGAUUGUAAACCAACUGGCAAUGCCAUGGUUCGAAGCUCCCCAAGUCAUUAUGGGUGGAGGACAAUGGCUGAUGGAGAUGGCAUCUCAAUUUUUGGAGCAAGCCAUAUUUGGAUUGACCACAAUUCUCUAUCUAAUUGUGCCGAUGGUCUUAUUGAUGCUAUAAUGGCCUCAACAGCAAUUACUAUUUCCAACAACUACUUCACCCACCAUAAUGAGGUUAUGCUAUUAGGACACAGUGACUCCUAUACGAGAGACAAGCAGAUGCAAGUGACUAUUGCCUACAACCAUUUCGGUGAAGGUCUUAUCCAGAGAAUGCCAAGGUGCAGACAUGGGUAUUUCCACGUGGUGAACAAUGACUACACACACUGGGAAAUGUAUGCCAUCGGUGGAAGUGCUAAUCCGACCAUUAACAGCCAGGGAAACAGAUACCUUGCCCCAUCAAAUCCCUUUGCUAAGGAGGUAACAAAGAGGGUAGAUACAUCAGACGGUGUAUGGAAGAGUUGGAAUUGGCGAUCAGAGGGAGAUCUGUUGCUGAAUGGAGCCUACUUCAUUUCAUCAGGAACUGGAUCAGCAGCCAGCUAUGCAAGAGCCUCAAGCUUAGGGGCAAAAUCCUCUUCCUUGGUUGGCAUCCUUACCUCUAGUGCCGGUGCCAUGUCCUGCCGUGUUGGUAGGCAAUGUUAAUUCUCUCAAUCCUAUCAACACCACAAAAAAAACAUCUCGUUAUAGCAUGUUAUUCAGUGAGUUUGCAGCCAGAAAUCCUGUCUAAAAUCUUUGACAAUUGUACACAUUUUUAUUACAGUUGUCAUAUGUCGUCUCGUGUACCUGGCCUCAGUUGUCACAAGGCCAUUGAUCGACCUCGGCGUACUGCUGUAGUGUUGUUCACUUUUUUUAUCUUUUUAUAAAUUGCUUUUUCGCCUA